AUGCUGAACCAAGCAACCCAGAAGCUCUCCAAGAUGCAUGUUAGACGGAAUCCCAAUCUGUCUAUCCAGUCCACGGCGGCAUAUAGCCAGCUUACCCCACCUAUUCAGUCCGCGACUUCAGGUGCUUUUUUGUCUCCAACAGUAGCUUCCCGCCGCGGGUUACUUUCACGGUCACCACCCGCUUCGCCUAGCCUUCCGUCUCUGAUCCCCCGUCAUGGGAAGAAGCUACCACAAACAAGUCACACCCGGUUGAUUAAGCGUGUUCUUAUCGGAGCAUUCGCAGUAAUCCUCUUGCUGUGGCUGAUUGUCCGCCAACUGCAUGCCUCGGCCCAGUCUUCGAGCUAUGAUACAGAUGGGGAGGAGUGGGAAAUGGCAGGAGGAACACAGUUACCCCAGGAACCGUCUAUAGUUGCCAUGGCAGACAACGCGGGCAAGAUGAGGUGGACCGUGUCGAUUCCUUCGAACUUUGACUUCCCUCUGCGACCUGCUCAGUAUCGCGACAUAUGCCACCAGGCUGAGGAGCUGUCCAAGGAUAUGCGUCAGGAGGCGCAUACAUCAGCUGGCUUUGCGAAGCGCAUGCUCAACUACUAUCAGAAAGAUCAGUACUACAUUGAUGUACAGGAAGCGGAAGAGCAGGCACUGUUGCCGCCAUCGAAGCCGAGCGGGAGGCCCAAGGGAUUUGUAGAGGACGAGAUGAUUGCGGAUGGACUAUCGACUACUGGACUCAAGGUCUGUGAAAAGACCUUGACAUAUGUGUUGGAGACAGAAGACGCGGGCUUCGGAAACUCUCUGAUGCGUUUGUGGAUGUCGUAUGGAUUGGCGAAAGCUGAGAACCGAGCCUUCUUCAUCGACGACAGCAGAUGGCUCUACGGAAAAUACUUGUCAUACUUUAUCAACCCUCCUACAGCAGGGUGUCUCCCGCCGCCCAAGUCGCAUAUGGUUCCUUGCCCGCAUAACGCCCGACACAUCGUAGUCUCUGGAGCGACAGUUCGUUCAACAUUCGGCCAUGCCUUUACUGAAGAGUGGGAGGACGCCACCAAGAUGCGCGUCCAACGCCAGCACAAAAUCUUCGGCCUGCUGCGCACAGGUUAUGAGGCGCUCUUCAAACUCCGUACCGAUGAUGCGAAAUACGUUCUUAACCGCGCCCUGGAACUGUACGGCGACAUCAAGUCGGAGGGCGGCAUUAGCAUCGGUAUGCACGUUCGCCACGGUGACAGGCACCCUCUGGAGUAUCAGUACCAGAAAGACUACAUCCCGCUGGACCGCUACACCGACACAGCACGCGAGAUCUACAUUGAUCUGGUCGAGAGCGCAGGCAAGAAGUCCAAGAAGCGCAGCCUAGAUGCAGGCAACACACUCCUCACACGUCAUACCACGUCAAAAAUGGUCCUUGCCUCGGACGACCCGCUCGUCUACGAGUCGUCAGAAGUAGGCCCCAACUCGAUCCGCGCCCAAGACCGCAUCGUGCUUGCCACCAAAGCCGCGCUCGAGGCCGCCCAAGGCAAGAAGAACCCGUGGAUCGACGAGAUCACGGGCUGGGAAGGCGGCUUCUACCGCGACGUCUUCUUCAGCUUGGGCCAGCCUGUGGGCAACGCAAACGACAUGCAGAAGCUCGACAACGACAACGUGCCCGAGCAGGCGAUGAAGCUCAGGGAACUCGUGGGUCGGGCGUAUCUGCUUGACCUGGCGGUGCUGGGCAAGGCCGAUACCAUGGUGUGCACCGUCAGCAGUAUCGGAUGCCGGCUACUCGCUGUCAUGAUGGGAUGGGACAAGGCGAUCCAGCAAGGCAACUGGCGAAACGUGGAUGGGGAGUUUGACUGGAGAGGCCAGGACUGGUAG